UUUUAUGCAGAAGAAAAAACUUUGGCAGCCCCAAAAUCAAUGAAGCAAUCAGGUCCCACGUCUGGAGGAUUAGCAACACAUGCACCAUCAUUAGCAAGUGGAGGAGCAGCAAAAUUUUAUGGAAGGGAUUUGCGUGAAUAUGAUGACAAGGAUAUUGAAGGGCUUUUGUCUAAUUUGUCUAUGGAGGAAUUGGAGGAUUUAAAUAAUGAUUUUGAUCCGGAUAAUUCUCUAUUACCACCCUCUCAGCGUUGUCGUAAUCAAACCGAUAAAGAACCAACAGGCCCCUAUCAAAGAGAUAAAUUAUUAAAAUAUUUGGAAGACAAGGCCAAAACUGAAAAAGAUUGGGAAGAAGUUGUGCCAUUUUCUCCAGGAAUUAAAAGAGGCAAAAUUUUUGAACCUAAAGACGAUGAAGAAAGAGAAAAUAAAAUUGGUAUAAAGGGGGAAAUGCAAAUGCCAAUAGAAUUGGAUAUUGAUGAUGACGAUGAUGAAUAUGAUGGAAAUGAUGAUGUUUUGAUUGAAAAAGCUCUUAAAAAUGCCCCAGAAGGGGAUUUGGUUGAUUUGGCUGGAAUUUUGGGUUUUCUUUUUUAA